UCUAACAUUACAUUUCUCCCCGAGAGUAACAGAGUUGGUGGACUAGUCAGCUCAGACGGAGUGUCGACUGAGUACUGAAACCACGUCUGCUAGACGCUCAGUAUGCAGACUAUAAAUAGACUACCGCGUUACGGUGUGCCGCUGUUGUUAUUUAGGAUAUAGACUUAUAGAUCUAGAACUAUUUUUUUGUUUCGCCAGGGUAUUUGUUUCAAGGAGUGAUACUAUAUGUGUGUGUGUGCAUCUCAAUAGAAACAUGCAUUUGACUUUUCUAGUUCAUCUUGGUUGUUCUAUGUACAGCCAAUAAAGCGGUGUUUUGUGUAAUAUACAUAUUAGUGGUUCCGUGACAAUGUUCUAUUUAUAGUGACCAAUUUCUAGGAUUAUUUCAGUUGUGACAUUUUGAUAUAUAGUCAAGUGAAUGCUUCUUUAACAUUUUUUAUGUAGUCAAGUGCAGACAUCUAUAAACAUUUGUAAGUUUGUUUCGGAAUAUUGUAACUAUACCUACGUCAUGUUUUUCUUUUUUUAAAAAGUGUUAACUGAAUCCUGCAUCGGAAACACGUGAACUUAUGACCCAAAACAUGCAUGUGAAUAACAUGGAUAUCUUAUAAGAAAAUUAUUUCUACUUAGUAACAAGGAUUAUCCACAUGCUCUAGACUAAUUUCUUGAAAGAUGAAUCAAGAGGACUCUAGUUCGCUGCCAACUUCUGCCGCAUUCAAACAGGAGCCUGGCUUAAUUGAAAGUUCGAGCCAGGAAAUGGCAGAUAAGUCGAGUCAAUCUGUCUGUGCCGCUGAUCGAACGGUGGAGGAAAGCAACUUUGUUAAGUCCCCUGAAGACUUGUCCUACCCUUCUGGGCCAUCAUUAGCCAAGAAAGCGCGGGUAGCCAAGGAAGCCGCAAGAUUGAUCGCGGCCAGCGAAGGGAGUUCCGGUGAGAAAAAUAAUAGUACCUCUCCAGGGCCAGCGGUGUCGCCACCAAAUUUUUUAACGGUGCCAGCUGUGGCGGCGACGUCACCUGCUGCAUCAGCUAGCGGACACGUGCACACGGUGAUCAAGUCUGAACCUCGUGACGACAUUAAGGACUAUGUGGAGACGACCAUGAAUGAGCUACUAGGCUGGUACGGACUCCCCAAGAUAGACAAGGGUGACACCCCUAAUGUUUCUCUGAAUGGGUAUCCCGCUCAUCUCUCUAUGACAGACCAACAGUCGCCGCCGCCCAUGGCAGCUGGUGCAUUGUUGUGCCAUAAAAGAAAACACCUUGUACCCAAGUCAUCGCCGCCCGACUUUGACGCCAGCAACGUGAAUCUCAGGAGCGAAGACUGCAGGAGGAGGUCUGCUGUGGUGCCUUCGUCCCUCCCUUCACCAGUCAGCGGCGAAGAUAAGAGUGGGAAACACAGCAACGACACCAACAACAAUAACAGCAGUGGCAGCGGCGGAAGGACUGACGACGAGGAGGAUGAUGCUGACCUUGACGACCCCCACCAGCUUCCUGUCAGUGACGACACAGGAGAUGAGAUGGACAACAUGCGGGACUCGCCCAGUGUCCGGAGCGAUGUUAGCGGAAUGAUUUCACCACUAGGAGGUAUAACUGACAGUGACCGCGGGACGUUUAUCAUCUGCUCCUGGUGCCAGAAACCCGGAACUAAACUCUUCACAUUGGGUACCCCGACUGGGGUCAAGGCGUUCUGUAGUGAGAUCUGUUUCACCCAGUGUCGGAGAGCAUCUUUUAAGAAGAAAAAGGUGUGUGAUUGGUGUAAACAUGUCCGCCACACAGUCAACUUUGUAGACUUCCAGGAAGGUGAUGUACAGCUUCAGUUCUGUAGCGAGAAAUGUCUCAACCAGUACAAGAUGAACAUCUUCUGCACCGAGGCCAGGCAACACCUGCAGCACAUCCAGAAUAUUGUCAGUGAGGAGGACAAGCGGGGGGAAUCUAAGGGAGAGCUAGGCCAGGGAGAGCUGCUCAUUACCCCGGAACUUUGGCUGUCUGCCAACUCGAAUGAAAGCAAUGUCAGCGUGAAAGAAGAAGUAGACGAUGAGAAAUGUGACAAAGGAAAUGAAAGACACUCUGAAAGGGCAGAGGCGUACACUAAAAUGGAUGAUGAAGAGGAGCCGGGGGAGCUGCGAGACAAAGGCUCAGCUUUGGAUGGAAAUAGCAGGCUGACGCACAGUGAUGACAGCAGCUGCUCUUUUGAAGAAAGAGUUUUACCAGCCCCUGUCCCAAUGCGUCUUCAUCGUGCUCAUACAGAUCUGUCGCACUUAGCUUCUACACAUUUACAAAGACAUGAAGACAUUCAUAACAAAGGAGGAGACAGCAGGCCAAGAAAAGAUUUUGGAAAAUGUAGGAAAUCGUUUUCUGAUAACAAACCUCGAUCUGGUUCAGCUGAUCCUUCAAGUUCCCAUACUUCCAGGAAAGAUAAACCUCCUUUCCCUCAUAGGCCACCAGCUGAGGUCGCGCCUUCCUUUGGGGGUUUACAAACUAGCGGAGAAGCUCUUGCCACUCACCAACCUCUUCUCCCUGAAUGGGCAUCUCUGCAUCUUCUCUCUAUGAUGCCUCCACACUUAAACGCCGGAUUAAACAUUGGCUAUGCUUCAAAUCCGCUUCUCUACUCCAGCCUCUUUGGAGCUAACCCUUUACCAGGACAGGUGGAAAAAGACAACCAAGCGAAAUUAAGGCACGAAUCGAGAAGAGAGCUUCUACGUGACAGAGACCGGUACACUAACCACAAUGACAGAAGACAUAAAAGUAGAGAGAAGCCAACAGGACCACUGUCUCCAUCUACUUCCCUUUCGUCAACGGAUACGCCUGGUCCUGCUGGCGCAACAGGACCCGCCAGGCUUCCAACACCUUCAGCCAUUCCUUCUAACGUAUUUACAGACAUGACGAGGCAGUUCCCUCAUGUCUCUCCGUUUAUAGGCGAGGCCAGCCACACAAACCCUUUAUCACAGUACUAUACGAACUCUGCAUUGCCAGGCAUGUUACCGUUUUCAUUGCCUUUUAACCAGCCGCAGAACCUUCGGACAGGGCUGCCCACUCCAGCAGCAACCACCGCUCCCCAUCCGCCAUCCACUUCCGCGCAUCAUCCACAAGCACCUUUACCACCGCAGCCACCACUCCAGUUCUCAGGCGUUCCUCCUAUAACUGUGAUGGUGCCAUACCCUGUGGCAGUUCCCAUCCCUCUACCUGUUCCUAUACCGAUUCCUAUCAGCCCAGAGAAAUUAUUUGCUUACUUCAGAGAAAAGUCGGAAUCCGCUAAAACGGCCAAGCAUAAGGGUAACGCCAGUCACCAAAGGACAACUUCACCGGAAGAUACAAGACAAAGGGCAGCCAGUGCUAAUCAUAUGGUCAGCCCUUUAUCUGCGCUUUCUCCUAGGCCGACGUCUAAAUGUUCGUCGCUCGGAGGCGUACCUCUCGUUGCGACACCAUCAAUGAUAGAGUCGCCGGAGCCUGGACUUAUGCUCACGGGCAGGGAGUCUACAGAUUCCAUAAUGACUCUGAGACGAGAGAUAUCAAGGUCUCAGCUUAAAGCAGCCUCGACGUCUCCGUGCUCCUCUUCAGCCAGGAACUCCAUGAUGAGCCCAGGCGUGGCUCCAUACAUGCUAGAUCUUUCCAAAGGGGCCUGUCGAGACUCUCCAUGUAACGAGGACGAAGCUAUGGACCUUAGCAAAAUGUCCUCACGCUCAGACUCACCAAGGCGAUCGACUGAUAGCUCAGAGAAGGAGAAUAACUCAUCAAACAAACGAGGCGCCCUGAGCGACGCGGGCGGCUCCAGGAGUGACAUUAAGGUUCCCAGAAUCCACAUCGUCUCUCAGCCCCCAGAUCCACCCCUUACACAACCUUCAGCGUGCACCCCUCUGCCUCCUGAACUGUCUACCUACUCCAGCAGAAGGAGCAGAAUUUUAGACGCUCCAAGCGUGCCCAAAAAGUCCAGAAGUCCAUCUCCUGAAAGACGUUACAUCAGGACAGUACCUCGAGACAUGGUGGAAGCUGCUAGGCGGCGAGGAUUGCGGGCGAGAGUACGCUCCAAAUAACUUUUCUUGGCACAUCUAAUAAGAGUGUCUUUUCUGAAAUAUCUCACUCUAAAAAAAACUUUUUAUAACCAUGUGUCGAAAGUUUCAUUUUGAUUCUUCAAAAUGUAUAAUGUAAUUAAAAAAAAAAAAACUAUUAUGAUACUGUGUAUCAAAAACUGAUAAUUUAAAAUAUUUCUUGUCAAUCUGUUUCCAGAAUUCCAGUAGGGGCGCAUUUUCAAGAGAACAUUAACCUCUGACCUACAUGAAGUCUCAAUAAUCUUGAUUAAUUAACUGCUUAAUUAGAAAGCCAUUAUUUUUUAUUUUUUUUUCGUGUCAAAAUCGUUUUUUUAUUUAAUGUGCUGCCAACUCUAAGUUGUGUUUUAAUAUUUUAGCAGGCCCAGAACUUACAAAGCUAACCACCAAACUGACGUGAUUAGUUUGAUUAGAAGUUUGCUGUUUUUUUUUUUUUUUGUUUAGCUGUAAUUUAAAUUUGAUUUCAUAAUUAUUUCACUUCAAAGAUUCUAGAAGACAAUAUUGCAUCUUACAUUUGUGUGUAGAUUGUGGCCAUGUCUGUGAAAUGUAUAUAGAUCUGAUUUGUUUUGUGUUUCAUUCAAGUGCAAUAAUAAAAAAAAAAAAAUUUAAAAAACUUUCUGGGCAGACAUUGCUCUAAAAAGAAACGAAACAACUUAACAAGAAACAGUUAUACUAUGCGUGCAUUUGAGGAUCUAAGGAAGGAAAAGUAACUCUUUUCAUUUUGUAAUUUAAAAUGAAUACCAAGUUGUUUCCCUUAAUAUAAUGUUACAGUAUUUGUCUCUAGUGUAUUACAUUAACAUUAAAAAAAAAAGCAACAGAUGGACGUUUUAAUGUAACUUACACAAACCUCUUAGCAAUAUCUUCUGAUGUGUUUAUAUUUAUUACAUUACUUUAUGUGCUCAUCAAGGGUUUUCCAUCUAUCAUCACCUCAGUUAAAUUAGUUUACUGAAAUGUAUAUACUAAUUAAUCUUGGCGAACGUCAGUGCGCGUCUAAUACAAAAUACUAGAUUAAUAGAAAUCUUUGUAUAAAAUAUAUUGCUUCUUUUUUUUUUUUUUU